AUGCCUCUCCCCGAUGCGAGUCUGACUCUGUCCGACUUUGAUCCCGAGCACGAGGCUUUGGCUUCUACCCGUGAAUUUGGCAGUCCCCAACUCCCUAACACCUACCAGCACGCACAGGACGAGCAGGACGACCCUGAUUGGGACAUUCACACCUCCACCCUUGACAAAGCUUUUCCUGACUUCUCCCAACUGUCUCCUUCGGAAGACGAAAUGGACAAUAUGUCGGAUUCGAACAGCGAUAUCUCUCUGGAGCUUGGACGCGGUGUAAACAAACCCGCGCGUCGGCUCGACGACUCCCGAAGCUCGAUUAUGAGUUUUCAAAACAGCGUUCGCUCUUCCUCGCCUGCUGUCCGAAUCGAUUACCCCACGCCUCAGAAGGCAGGCCCUGCUCGUUCGACCGCCCGGCGCGCUGUCAGCGAAAACCUACGCAAAGACGCGCAAUUGCGACGAGCCAACCAAGCCCAGAAGGAGAUACUCGCCAGUCCCCAGGUCUCUAAGAACCAACGCGACCACCGCCGCACCCUCUCUGAAAUGCAUGCUAAGGUCAGAGAUGAUUACGAUGGCUCAUUUCUCGGAGAUGAGCGUCCAGCCCCGAUAGACGUGAAGCCACGAUCUACGCGUUUCGGAAACAGAAACAGCUCGCAAGAAAUUGCCGACGCCGUCGAGCGCGCGUCACGAGACGCUUAUGCAAAAGAGACCCGGAAGAGCAGUGUAGCAGGUACUCCUCGACGUGUUGCUUCGGGACAAACAAAUGUCAACAACAUGGGGGAUACCGUGACCCGCAACUCUUUUCUCCUACCCGACCUCCCUAACAUUUCAGAACUUGUCUCUGGUGUUUACGAAGAUGGAACGCCUGUUUUCUCCCGGAAUCGGGUGCGCUCGACCCGAUUUGUGUCUCCGAACGACGCGACCGACGUCUCCCUGACCCGGGAGCAUUUCCUCUCGAUGCUGUCCCAAUCCCCGACGACGAGAAGGCUUUACAAGGUAGCCGAACUGGAGAUGUACAAAUCCGACGCAGAAAAGCGGCUCGAGCACUUCCGCGAGGAGAAUGCGGCGCUCAAGGCGGGCAGAUCUCGUCACCCCGAAAAAUACGCCUUCGAUGCUGACAGCAAGAAGGUGUCCAAGCGGUCUGUCAGCGAGACACAGAGUAAGCUAGAGGCGGAGAACAUUGCUCUUCAAAAUCAAUUGGACAUUGCCGAUCGUAAGUCUCAAGUGCAGGAAGCAGCAGUCAAGCGCUUGAACCAGGACAAAGAAUCCGCCAUCUCGCAACUUGGCGUGGCCUAUCUUGAGACUCGUGAGCUGAAGGCCGAGAAUGAAGCGCUGCGAGCGGAGAACGCAGAGUUGAGGUCACAAAUCUCUCGAUACGCGGGGAGGAAGUCCCAUGAGCAGGAUGUUGAAUCCGAGGCUUCUGUGACUGGCUCCGACGUCGAUGAUAGCCAGGGUUACACUGAGCGAAGUGGUGAUAUGAGUCGCAGCACAAAGGACCUGACAGCUAAGAGCAGUCGGUCCAAUUUGAAGUCGCGACGCCGCGACGACUCACGUGCUCGUGUCUCCACACAGGUAGAAAAAGAGAUCUCACGAUUAGAAAAGGAACGUGCUGAAGAAGAGUUGUUUUCUAUCAAUGUGCCCACUCCGAAACGCCCAUCUGCUUCCAAGUCAGCGAAGUCCGGAACAAAGACAUCCAAAAAGCAACCAAAUACCAGCAAGCAGCGAAUCAAGAGAGUAGUCGUGGAAGAUGCAUCGGAGCCAUUGGAGGCUACGGAGCAGAGCAAGACUGCUUCUGCUGACGCUAUUGACCUGACAUUGCUCAGCGUCGUGGAUGAAUCCGAACUUUCUCGACUGCGCAAGAGCUUGGAGGAAGAAAGAAACUUUCGAAAGCAGCGACGUUCGAGUGCUCCGAGGGAGCCUCCUGCCAAUGAGACCGUCAACUCGACGCGGCAGAGUAUCCUGAAGGCGCCUCUACCACGGAAAUCAUCACUGCGUGAACCGAAAGUUGCCAUCCCCCGUCCAGCCUCAGCGGCUGGCGAUAUUACCACCAGGUCAAUUGCUACGAGUGAGGGCGACAACAGCCUGGUUGUGCCCACAGCUGACCGCCCACGACGCCAUUCUGAUCACUCUGUCGCCUCUAUCGCAUCUGUCGCCCAGCAUAAGAAGCGCCGCAAUAUCGAGGACAUGACAUCUGCUUUCAUCCUCCCCGAUAUUACUCUUGGCCGUGCUGAGCUUGCGGCCAGCAACCCGUCUCGCUUGCCAGAGUCUGCACAGCGGGCUCUGGACGGCGUUGCCCAGCACAAUGGGAAGAACUGCAUGGUUUGUAAGAAUGUCCUUCCUCACGACGGGGCCUGUAACCACGAGCCUGUCAAAGUGCCCAAGCCCGUACCCGUCUCUGAGCGCAUGCCCAAGCCAUCUAUCUACAACGAAGAGCCUACAAUGCGCCCUUCGCAAUCCCCCGCUGUGGCGCUUGCCAAUGUGCUGAAGGCCCUCGAGGAUGAGUUGGCUCACCUGAAGAUGCAACUCGCUAGCUACCAGAGUGCAUUCAAUAAAUUGGAUGCAUCGCUCGGAAAGAAACAGCGCAAGGCUUUGAUGGAAAAGAUUGAAUUAAUUUUGCGGGAGAUUGAUAUGAAGUCUGAUCAAAUUUACUCUCUAUUCGAUGUUCUUGAGAGUCACCGGAACGUGAAGGAAAUGACGGAGCAGGAGAUGGAAAUGACCCUGGAGUCUAUUGGCAUUGAUGCAAAUGUAACCGGCGGCGAUAUAACUGGGACCUCGAAAUCGUCGCACCCGAUCGAUUUGGAUGAUGAUUUGCCUUGGGAGGGUAUCGAGAGCACAGCUGAGAUUACUGGGCGCACCUAA